GAUAUAGCAGAUAAAGGCAGAGAAAACACAAACGUGACCCUUCUAUUGCAUUUUUCCAUUCCACACAACACUUUCUCUCAUCUCAUUCAUGGCUUUAGCAGUUUCCUCCACCGCAUUGUCAAGUCUUCCAAACAGAGAAAUACGUCAAAAGGUUAAUUUGGCCGAAAGAACAGGGACAUGGCUAGGUUUGAGCAGAAGAACAACGACAAAUGCAACAAAAGGAGUCUCAGCCGUGUGUGAGCCACUUCCUCCAGAUAGACCACUGUGGUUCCCCGGUAGUUCACCUCCCGAGUGGCUUGAUGGCAGUCUUCCCGGUGAUUUCGGUUUUGACCCUCUUGGAUUAGGGUCUGAUCCAGAGUUGCUAAAGUGGUUCGCUCAAGCAGAACUAGUGCAUGGAAGAUGGGCGAUGCUUGCAGUGUUUGGAAUUCUGGUUCCGGAGCUGCUCGAAAGACUUGGUUAUGUCGAGAACUUCAACUGGUACGAUGCCGGUGCGCGAGAGUACUUCACGGACAACACAACGCUGUUCGUGGUGCAAAUGGGCCUGAUGGGCUGGGUUGAGGGUCGAAGAUGGGCCGACAUGCUUAACCCGGGAUGCGUUGACAUUGAGCCCAAAGUGCCUCACAUCACGAACCCGACGCCCGAUGUCGGGUACCCGGGUGGGCUGUGGUUUGACCCGAUGGACUGGGGUCGUGGGUCACCUGAACCAGUGAUGGUGUUGAGGACGAAGGAGAUAAAGAAUGGAAGACUUGCAAUGUUGGCAUUUGUAGGGUUCUGGUUUCAAGCUAUUUACGUUGGAGCAGAUCCUGUUGAGAAUUUGAUGGCUCACCUUGCUGACCCUGGUCACUGCAACGUUUUCUCGGCUUUCACGCGGUAGAGCUAUUAUUAUAUAUAGUUUGAAGAAAAGAGGAUAUGGAUCUGGAUGAACAUAUGGUAUUACAAUAUCAGUUUUUAAAUAUGUACUUUUUUUUUUUAUAAAUGUGAACUUUACAAUUGACACCAAGUCUUGAUUCUUUUAAAGAAAGUGAUUUUUCCUAACUAAAUUAAAUUAGUUAUUUAAA